GACAUUUCUUAAAAAUGCGUGCUGGACACACUGAAUCUUUGGUUUCAAGUCCAGGUCACCAUCUAUCCACAUUCCUACCAAACUAAGAUCCGACAUCCCAACUUCUCCUUUUCCGUUCCUCAUUCUGCAAAUCUGAAAGCGACCCGACCCCAUCGGAGGACCUCAUCAACAACCCAUCUUCAAUCAUCGUCGCCGGAUUCUACUCAAUUACUGCACUGCAUUUCCGAUUUUCCUUUUACUUCAAACCAUCUCUUCUCCCCAAUCCUAUGUCUCCCAACUUCGCUUCAUUUUUCAGGUUUCAUUUUCUUAAAUGCUGCAUUAUCUUGGAGAUAAAAAGGACCAGAAAAUGAAUAUGAGGAACAGAUACAGGAAAUCAAACGCUUUACGUUGCGAUGCCGGGAGCAGAUGUUUGAUAUCUGUGGUAAUAGGGAGUCUAAUGGGGUGUAUUCUUUUGCUACAUUUAUGUUCUCCUGUAAGCCGUAAGGAUGAGAUAGGUCGGGGUAUCCAACUUCGAACAAGUCGUCACCUUCACUUUCGUGAACUUGAAGAGGUGGAAGAAGAAAACAUUCAAAUUCCCCCUCCUCGUAAGAGAUCUCCGCGUGCAGCAAAGCGAAGACCAAAGAAAACGCCCACACUGAUCGAUGAAUUUCUUGAUGAAGAUUCACAACUUAGGCACAAAUUCUUUCCUGAUCAUAAAACUUCUGUUGAUCCAAUGAUCCCGGGAGACGAUAGCAUGUUCUAUUAUCCGGGGAGAGUUUGGCUAGAUACUGAGGGGAAUCCUAUUCAAGCUCACGGAGGUGGAGUUUUAUUCGAUGAAAGAUCUGAAACAUACUAUUGGUAUGGAGAGUAUAAAGAUGGCCCCACCUACCAUGCUCACAAAAAGGGAGCUGCACGGGUUGACAUUAUAGGAGUCGGUUGCUACUCUUCCAAAGACUUAUGGACCUGGAGAAAUGAAGGCAUUGUUUUGACAGCGGAAGAAACCAACGAGACUCAUGAUCUUCACAAAUCCAACGUGCUCGAGAGGCCGAAAGUAAUCUACAACUCAAGAACUCGAAAAUAUGUCAUGUGGAUGCAUAUCGAUGAUGCGAACUAUACGAAGGCUUCUGUUGGUGUUGCCGUCAGUGAUUACCCAACCGGUCCGUUCGAUUAUCUUUACAGCAAAAGACCACAUGGAUUUGAUAGUAGAGACAUGACAAUCUUCAAAGAUGAUGAUGGUACAGCCUAUCUCGUUUACUCAUCUGAAGACAAUAGUGAGCUCCAUAUAGGACCUCUUUCAGAAGAUUAUCUCGACGUGACCAAUGUAGCGAAAAGGAUUCUCGUCGGCCAGCACCGGGAAGCACCGGCUUUGUUUAAACACCAGGGAACUUACUAUAUGAUCACAUCGGGUUGCACGGGAUGGGCACCAAACGAGGCACUGGCACACGCAUCAGAGUCGAUAAUGGGUCCAUGGGAGACGUUGGGAAACCCUUGUAUAGGUGGAAACAAGUUGUUUCGACUGGCUACCUUCUUCUCUCAGAGCACAUUUGUUCUUCCCCUACCUUCACACCCCGGCUUGUUUAUUUUCAUGGCAGACCGAUGGAACCCUGCCGACCUUAGAGACUCGAGGUACAUUUGGUUGCCGUUGAUGGUUGGAGGACUUGUCGAUCAACCCCUCGACUACAAUUUUGGGUUCCCUUUGUGGUCAAGAGUGUCGAUAUAUUGGCAUAGGAAGUGGAGGCUUCCUCAAGGCUGGAAUCCGUUGAAAUGAUACAAAAUGUUCGUCGUCUCCCACUCGAUGUACCAUACAAGAAAGUUUGUUUGAUUCUUUUGGUGUCCCAUAGUUUUCCUUACCAACUCAAUAAUGUUAACUAGUUCGUAUUAAAGGCACAUAAUUAACAACCCUUGAAUGAACUUAUAAAUCAUUUCUCCCUCA